GAAACACCGAGGAGGCUGGAAGGCUACUGGGCAGCAAGAAUGUCCGUGUCAAUUGCUUGGAUGAGCAUGGCAUGACCCCUCUAAUGCAUGCAGCGUACAAAGGGAAAAUAGACAUGUGCAGGUUGCUCUUGCGACAUGGGGCUGAUGUUAACUGCAAUGAACAUGAGCAUGGAUAUACUGCCUUGAUGUUUGCUGGACUUUCAGGAAACAAAGAAAUCACCUGGAUGAUGUUAGAGGCUGGAGCAGAGACUGAUGUUGUCAACUCUGUGGGAAGGACAGCAGCUCAGAUGGCUGCUUUUGUGGGUCAACAUGACUGUGUGACUGUCAUCAACAACUUCUUUCCACGUGAAAGGCUGGACUACUAUACUAAACCACAAGGCUUAGAUAAAGAACCAAAACUGCCAGUAAAAUUAGCUGGACCUCUACAUAAAAUAAUUACUACUACUAACAUGCAUCCUGUUAAGAUUGUGUUGCUGGUAAAAGAGAACCCUCUAUUGGCCGAAGUAGAAGCACUGCAGAAAUGUUACCGGGUUCUGGAUCUAAUUUGUGAGAAAUGUAUGAAACAGAAAGAUAUGAAUGAAGUACUUGCUAUGAAAAUGCACUACAUCAGUUGCAUUUUCCAGAAAUGUAUUACGUUCUUAAAAGAGCGAGAGGAUAAAUUAGAUGGAUUUAUCAAAAGUCUCUUGAAAGGGAGAGAUAAAGAUGGUUUCCCUGUAUAUCAAGAGAAGCUAAUUCGAGAAAGUAUCCGAAAGUUUCCUUACUGUGAAGCUACUUUGCUCCAGCAGCUCGUGAGAAGUAUUGCUCCUGUUGAAAUAGGUUCUGAUCCUACAGCUUUUUCAGUUCUGACGCAAGCUAUUACUGGCCAAGUGGGUUUUGUGGAUGCUGAAUUCUGUACAACGUGUGGGGGAAAGGGAGCAGACAAAAGAUGUUCAGUAUGUAAAAUGGUGAUGUACUGCGACCAGAACUGCCAGAAAAUACACUGGUUUACCCACAAAAAAGUCUGCAAGACCCUGAAGGAAAUUCAUGAGAAACAAGAACUAGAAGCUGCCAAAGAAAAAAGGAAACAAGAAAAACAUCAAAAGAAAGUUGAAGUGCAACUAGCAGAGGGUAGUUCUACGAGUGAAGAACAGUCAGAUCCUGGUCCAGAUGCUACCAAAGAAGUGGAUCCAAAUCAUGCUACUGACCGAACGGAAGAACCUGACUUUACCAAAGAGACGGAGGCACUAGCCCCGCACCCUGAAAGUCCACUGGAAAGUGAGACUGGCUUAGCUGACAUUGCUCUUCAAAAAAUUCAAGAUUCUGAGGAGUAAGAAAAGGGUAGGAAGGGACUAAGAGUUCUGGCUACGUCCCUGGACCUCAAGGGUCCUAAAGAAUUUUUUAUGCUGACCAUGUCUGAGUUCUUACAGCAUGGCUUAUGCAAGACUCUCUGUGAAAGUCAGCAUGUCUCUGUUCAUCAUGAGAUGAAAUACUGGCUAAUUUGUCUGUACGUACUUCAGGUUCUGUUGUAGAUUGUCAAAAUAGGUAUUUAUUAUCUGAUAAAAACUAGAGUGGCCUAGAUCCAUCUGUAUGUAUAC